CUGGGGCACUGCCCCACAGAGCACGGCUGAAGUCAGGGCGACAGCUUACCUCGGAACUGGGGCGCCAGACCUCCUGUUGGCAGGGUGUCCUCCCCCCAACCCCCACGAUGACAUCAUGUGUUUGGGGCUGAGUCGCUCCAUAAAAACAGCUCCUGGAGCCAUGAGCCCAAAGAACAGGAGUGCUCGCACGGUGCCCGGGCUGCACACACGCGGUCCCGGUGCGCGCCCUGCCGGCCCCAGCGCAGCACCCAGAUCAAGGAACAGGAGCCCGGGGCAGCCCGCGCGAGCCACCCGAAGAUGCCCCACCGCAGCCUGCGUGCAGCGGCCGUCCUUCUGCUCGUGAUCUUAAAGGAACAGCCUUCCAGCCUAGCCCCACUCAACGGAUCCGAGUGGACCUAUUUUGGUCCUGACAGGGAGAAGAGCUGGUCGAAGAACUACCCAUCAUGUGGGGGCCUGCUGCAGUCCCCAAUAGAUCUGCACAGUGACAUCCUCCAGUAUGAUGCCAGCCUUGUGCCCCUUGAGUUCCAAGGCUACAAUGUGCCUGCCAAUGAGCAAUUCAUCCUGACCAACAAUGGCCAUUCAGUGAAGCUGAAGCUGCCCCCAGGCCUGCACAUCCAGGACCUCCGGUUCCGCUACAGCGCCACACAGCUGCACCUGCACUGGGGCAACGGGAAGGAGCCCCAUGGCUCUGAGCACACUGUUGGUGGGAAGCACUUCGCCGCUGAGCUGCAUAUUGUCCAUUAUAACUCGGACCUGUACCCCAACGCCAGCACCGCCAGUAACAAGUCAGAAGGCCUCGCUGUCCUAGCUGUUCUCAUAGAGAUUGGCUCCUUCAAUCCAUCCUAUGAUAAGAUCUUCAGUCACCUUCAAGAUGUAAAGUAUAAAGGCCAAGAAGUGCUGAUUCCGGGUUUCAGCAUUGAAGAGCUGCUGCCCGAGAGGCCUGCUGAGUACUACCGCUACAAAGGGUCCCUGACCACCCCUCCUUGCCACCCCUCUGUGCUCUGGACGGUUUUCAGGAACCCUGUGCAAAUCUCCCAGGAGCAGUUGCUGGCUUUGGAGACGGCUCUGUAUUGCACACACAAGGAUGACCCAUCCCCUAGAAAAAUGGUCAACAACUUCCGGCGGGUCCAGAAGUUUGAUGAGAGGCUGGUGUACAUCUCCUUCCGACAAAUGCAAGACCUUACCCACGCAGGACUGAGUCUGGGCAUCAUCCUUUCGGUGGCCCUGGCCGGCAUUCUCGGCAUCUGUGUUGUCCUGGCAGUAUCCAUUUGGCUUUUCAGAAGGAAGAAGAGCAAAAAAGGUGCCCACAGCAACAAAGGAGUCAUUUACAAACCGGCCAUCAAGAAGGAGACUGAGGCCCAUGCCUGAGGCCCUGGCACUCCAGGCAUGUCCAAAGGAAGGAAGGACUUUGCUAUGGUUCCCUGGACACUUGAAAUACCUGAGGGUUCUCUGGAGCUCAACCUGCAAACACCCCAGACCCUCAGUGGACCUCUCGCUGGGCGCCUCGCCACCCCAGUGCAACUGUGAGUGGGAAGGGCGCACCAAGGAGGCGGGAACUCAAGGCAGCCGCUUCGUCUGUGUGAGACCAGUACGCGGUCUGGAUGCUGAGGGCCAACACCAGGUUGCCUGCUGGGGGCUGUUACUGAUUGAAAAUCACUUUUAUCCAGGGGUUCACUCAAGUGUGGUUUCAAGUGUCCUGGAAAUUCUGCUCCUUGUCCAAGCUUUCAGAUCAAAAUGGGUACCCUCUGCUUGGGUUUUGCUUUUGAGACUCAGUUUGUUUUCUGAGGGAAGGCGUUGUUGUUUUCCUCUGAGUUCCUCCUGCUGUGACAAAAACCUUUAGCUUGACCUUACAACUGGGGAGGUUGGGGGUGGGGGGUGCGGGGGCGGAGGUCAGAAGCAUUGCUGUAGGAAGGAUCAAGGUGUCUGAGACAAAAAGAAAACCAGAGAUAUUCUUUGAAAGAUAGUAGAGGCAUCUUCAAAGUCCUGUCCUUUGGAUCGGAUGCACUGAAUGGACCUGAGAGGGGAGAAUGAGAAGACACGUAAGAUCUGGAGGAGUCUCACGAUGGAAUCAGGAGUUGUCAAGCCAUAAGUGUGAGAAGGACGGAAUGUGAAGCCCAAGCCUGGCCGCCUAUCAUAUCAGCAGGGCAGUUAUGUUGUAUAUGCUACAGAUUUUAUCAUUAGGCUAUUCCUUGAAAAUGUGCUGCUACUUGCAUCACUGAGAGCAGAUGUGAGUUUUGAGAUGACCCAGGCUGCUUUUGAGUCUAGAGAAAAUAGGCAGACUCAAAAUGAUUGAAGAGCUUGGUCUCUUUUGCCCAAAUGUCAUUUCUGCUACCUUUGGGGUGUCCCUACUGUCAACCUGGAAGUGGGACUUACUUCUCUGACUUGGAGGAUGUCGAAUUACAGCUUUAGUUAAAAUAUAUUUUCAAAUUCUAAAAGUAGGAAGUUAUCUGUGCAGGGGCUGGCAGCGUGGCAUUGAGGGAUCAAAAUAAUGGAAUGUUACCAAGUUUCUUCAUGGUCUUCCCCUCAAGUCACAAAGGCAACUUCUGAGAAGACUUAACUCCUUCCCUCUCCUCCCAUGGAUGUAAGUGCCCCAUGGAGACCAAUUAGUUCCAGGACUGAGAAGGACCUUCACCACCACCCUCUCAAGGCCAGCAGCUCGCCGUUCAUAGAACUUUCUGACUCACAGUCUCAUUCUGACAGCGUGGAAUGUCCUCUUGAAGCACAGGUUUCUUCAUAGCAUCUUUUCCCUUUUGCUCCUCCCUUCGACUCUGAGAAGUCUUCUUCCUUCUCUACUGUCACAACUUUUCAUAGUGAAGGCAAGCCCUAUGUCUUUGUAGCUUGUUUGCCAGGCAGUUACAAAUGACCUAAUGGGGACUUGGACGUGUGUGUGCACAAGACCUCUGAGAGCCCUGGAGCCUGGGGUGGCAUCGCGACCUUGCCAUUAGCAUGCGACCUUACCAUUAGCAUGCGACCUUGCCAUUAGCAUGCAACCUUGCCAUUAGCAUACCCGAUGCUGAUCAAAUGACAGCAGGGACAACCCAUAGGACCAAGCAAUGUGAAUUAGGUAAUGCUUUCUUAGCCUUGGCCCGAAGUUGCCAAUCAGAAACCAACAUGAACCACUCCAGAACUGUGGGACCGACUCAAAAAGCUCUCAACACCUUUAAUGGACACAUUCUGUGAAGGAACAGAGAGACCACUGUACCUGGCUCAAUGGCUGUUCAUAAAAAGGGAGGUUUACUAGGUGGUGAAAACCGUGGCAUUUCUCCUGCCCUCUACCCCCUCAGCACAGCCCAGGCUCUCGGCCCCAUGGCUGAGAUGAAACAAAGGCAGCGAGGCAGGGAGAAGGCUCCUGGAGUCAACUCCGUCACCUUCCCUGCUGAUCUUACGGGACUCCGGAGGACCCACCUUGGAACCGGAAACCUUUCCUCAGAUUCUCGCUCAUUCCACUGACACCGGCCGCCACUAAAGGAAACCAGGGUUGUGGUGUGGGGAGCUACUCUGCCUCCCACUCACCCCUGGGGGGCCCAGGCGCUGUGCUGGGCACAGGGCAGAAGAGAUGACGGAAACAUGGCCCCAGCUGAGGGAGGGACACGGUGGGAGGGCCCGGGCUCCUCUGCCUCCCACUAAUGGGGGAUCUUUAGUCUCUGUUCUCUUCCUUUAGUACCAUCUGAUAAAAAUAGUAAAAACCUAUACCUGUUUCCUUAACAGGCAUUCUAGGGUUUUGCUGCAUUGCCUAUAACCCUGUUUCAAUUUCAGGCCUUAACUUCUUCUCCCCUUCACUCAGCUCUCUGAAGGCCUCCUGGCUGGCCCUCGGGGAACACAGGGGUCUGCAGCACCCCCUCGGAUGGACCAUAGGCCACCCUGAUGACGGUCCAUUUAGCACUUCUGUAUUUAUUGUAAGAAUGAUUGUAAUGAAGACAUACACUGUAAAUAUGAGAAAUUAUAAAUAAGUUUUUCACA